GCCUGGACGAAGCUUCCCUCAGCUAGACUGGAUUGCGCCUACCGCACCUGCAUGCGACGGACUCGACGACACAAAAACCUCUCGCGCCAUCUUUCUUCCCCCUUCACAGCUCCCUCACCACUCCUCAAGAGAAACCUCACACCCUCUAUCCGAGCAUUGUUUGCUCCGGCGGCAUUGAUUUGUCCCUCAUUGGCUUUACCUGCACUGAGCUCGCUUUGCACUAUUGCAUCACAGCGCCCUCAUUCUGCCCCUCAGCGUUUGACUUUCAAUCGCGCCAUCUUACCUAGCCAACACUCCCUUUGCACAAACAACUUUGGCCUGUCACCCGCCUGAUCUCCCACCAUGGUCCUCGUCGACAACCAGGAAUACCUCUGCGAAGAGGAGAAGAGAUUGAGGGAAGAUACCAAACGUGAGCGGUACUGGAAGAAGUGGGGCCCUUACGUUGCAGAGAGGCAAUGGGCUACAGUUAGAGAAGAUUACUCCCACGAUGGAGAUGCCUGGAGCCACUUCUCCCACGACAUGGCUCGCUCGAGGGCUUACCGUUGGGGUGAAGACGGAAUUGCUGGUGUUUCCGACACCCAUAGCUUGCAGAACGUCGCAUUUGCCUUCUGGAACGAGAAAGAUGACUUCCUGAAGGAGAGACUUUUCGGUUUGUCGAAUCCUCAAGGAAACCACGGCGAGUCGAUCAAGGAGGCACAUUUCCACCUGGACAAUGUUCCCACUCACUCGUACAUGAAAUUCCUCUACAAAUACCCUCAGCGUCGAUUCCCGUACGACGACCUCAUCAAGGAGAACGCCCGCCGCGGUAAGCUCGAUAGGGAAUACAACAUUGUCGACACGGGCUGCUUCGACGACGACAGAUACUGGGACAUUUUCAUUGAGACGGCGAAGGAGGCAGAUGAUGAAGAGGAGCUUUUGUUCCGGGUUACUGCCUACAAUCGCGGUCCUGAGGCGGCACCGCUGCACGUUGUCCCUCACGUCUUUUUCAGGAACACCUGGGCGUGGGGACGUGAAUCCCUGGACAAGAAGCCAUCCAUUCGCAAGAUUGGAGAUACCACCGCCGAGUCAAAACACUACAAGCUUGGCGACAGGUACUUUCAGCUAUCGCCCUCUCCAGGAAUCGGUGAAGGCAGCGAUGACAUUCAACCCCAGCUUCUCUUCACCGACAACGACACCAACAUGCAAAAGCUUUGGGGAGUAGAGAACAAGGCAAAGUAUGUGAAGGACGCUUUCCACCGUUACAUUUGUGACGACGAAAAGACUGCCGUCAACCCAGAAAACACCGGAACCAAGGCAGCAGCUUGGUUCGCAUUCGACGAAGGCGACGGAGUCCCUCCUGGAGAAUGUGCCGUUGUCCGAUUCAGGCUCUCACGCAGGAACGACGGCUACCUUGACGAAGAACUCUUUGAUGACAUUAUCGAACAGAGGAGGAUUGAGGCUGAUGAAUUCUACUACCGCAUCAAUCCUGUUCCGAUGUCUGAGGAUCUUCGCAACAUCCAGCGACAGGCCUUUUCCGGAAUGUUGUGGUGCAAGCAGUUCUACCACUUCAUUUGGGAAGAAUGGGCGAACGGCGACCCGGACAUGCCACCACCUCCUCCCGGAAGGAAGAACAUUCGCAACCAACAUUGGAAGCACAUGUACCUUGACGAUAUCCUGUCGUUACCUGACUCUUGGGAAUAUCCUUUCUUUGCCGCGUGGGAUAGUGCCUUCCACUGCAUUCCGCUGGCGAUGAUCGAUCCCGACUUUGCAAAGAAGCAACUUGAUCUGUUCACUCGCGAAUGGUACAUGCAUCCCAAUGGCCAGCUUCCUGCCUAUGAAUGGAAUUUUGGCGACGUCAACCCUCCUGUUCAUGCAUGGGCAACCUUCAGAACAUUCAAAAUCGAGCGCAAGAUGUAUGGUCGCGAAGACUUGGAUUUCCUGGAGCGGGUUUUCCAAAAGUUGCUCCUUAACUUCACCUGGUGGGUAAACAGGAAGGACUUCGAAGGCAAGAACGUUUUCGAAGGUGGGUUCUUGGGUCUGGACAACAUUGGCCUCUUCAACCGCUCCGAUCCUUUGCCGACUGGUGGUGUCCUUGAACAAGCCGACAGCACUGGCUGGAUGGGAUUCUACUGUCUCUGCAUGCUUAACAUCGCCCUGGAGCUGGCAAAGCAUCGCCGGAUCUAUGAAGACAUUGCUUCAAAAUUCUUUGAACACUUCAUACUCAUCAGCGAUGCCAUGCAAUAUCGCUCCGGUGGCGAGGAAAAGUCCUUGUGGAACGACGACGAUGGCUUCUACUACGAUGCCAUCUCUUGGGGCGGUCCUUGGAGCCAGCAGAUGCCUGUCCGCUCUCUUGUUGGUCUCAUCCCACUUUACGCAACUUUGACUCUUGAGCCAGAGGUCAUCGAUAAGUUCCCCUCUUUCAAGAAGAGAGUAAACUGGUUCAUCGAGAACCGCCCUGAGAUGGCGGAUCGCAACCUCGCCAGUAUGUCCCGGCGCGGCAAGGGCAACAGGAUUCUGCUGUCCUUGGUCAGUGAGGAUCGCUUGAAGAAGAUCCUGCACAGGAUGCUUGACGAAGAUGAGUUCUUCGCUGACCACGGCAUCCGCUCUUUGUCGAGAUACCAUAAGGACCACCCUUAUUCCAUGGAUGUCAAUGGCCAACGCUUCCAGGUUAGCUAUGUUCCAGGUGAUUCUGACAGUGGUCUGUUUGGAGGCAACAGCAACUGGCGUGGUCCUAUCUGGAUCGCCGUCAACUUCUUACUUGUUGAGUCCCUUCUCCGGUUCUACAUGUUCUAUGGAAACACCCUCAAGGUCGAGUGCCCUACUGGCUCGGGCGACGAGAUGCACCUGGGUCACGUCGCAGAAGAGGUUCAACAUCGCCUGCAGCACCUGUUCGCGCGUGGAGACGACGGCCGCCGUGCUAUCAACGCAGGCAACGAAAUGCUCGACUUCGAUCCGAACUGGAAGGAUUACAUGUGGUUCCAUGAGUUCUUCGAUGGAGACACUGGUAGAGGCCUCGGCGCAAGCCAUCAGUGUGGUUGGACCGGUCUGAUUGCUAAGAUGAUCACCGACACUGGUAUUCGCUGCCGCCUGCCUCAAACUCCUCGUACUCCGUCCACUGCUGCGGCCCACUACUUUGACGACAUCUUUAUGAAGUACAAGCCUUCCAAGCCUGCAUUCCGCCGCUCCUCAACCAGCCGUUCGAUUGGCGUGCGCAGUGAUUGGGGGGAUAAUGAAGGUGCUGAACAUGCCGUCGAGGAUGAGGACCCCGAGAAGCCCACCAGACCGUUCAAGCGGGUCAACUCAGUGGGUUACUUUGACGAAGAAGCGCUCGCGAAGAAGAAGCAGAUCGACGAGCACGUUGCGCAUUACGUCUCGGAUCAGCUAUCGCGCAUGAUGAGCAACGACUCUGCUGGCGAAGGUGUGCAAGACGAGCUCGAGGCUCAGCUGGACGGUGCGUGAUCAGUCAUACCAAGAGGGUACAGACAGGCGGCAACAUGUCAUUUUGCGUACAGCGGUUAAUGGAUGUUCGAAGACGGGGGUUCUGGCGACAGAGGCGCUGCGUUGUUUUUGCUGGACGGGCUCGAAUUACCUAAAACCUAAGUUAGACGCUACUCAAAUUCCUUUUUGCGUGUCAC